AUGGCAGCAACAGGGCCAGGCCGCACUCACACGCGCGCAGUAGCGCAAUUCCGUGUUUUUUUCCCACAUUGUCCAGGAACGCAUAUCUUCAACAAGGUCCCUCCCAUCCCUCUUCGUUCCUGUCAGGAUGGAGAACCCGAAGAACGACGUCCCGAAUCUGCGGUUCCUCUCACGGCCCCUCCCUUGACAAACACGACUCGUCGUUCGAUCCCUUUUUCCUUUGCCCGAGUACGGAUAUCAAAGACAUUGAAUCGUCUUGUUCCGAUCGCGAUGGCGGAAAUCGAGAACCGCGGCCCGCAGCUGGUGGCCGUCGGCAUAACGCUCGUCACAACAGCCAUUGUCGCAACGACUCUCCGAUGCUAUGUCCGAAUCUUCCUCGUCAAGAACUUCGGAGUCGACGACUGGUGCAUGCUUGCUGCGAUUACAUCAUUCAUCCUCUUUGUAGCAUGUGCCAUUACCGGUGUGCAUUACGGAACGGGUCGACACAAGGUGAAUCUCACCGAUGAUCAGUGGUCAACCGCCAUGAUGUUCUGGUGGUACUGCUAUCUGUGGUACUGUUUGUCGAUGAUCGCCUCCAAAAUUUCCAUCGGCUACUUCCUCCUCCGAAUCACGGUCCGCAAGGUCGACGUUUGGAUCAUUUACAGUGUCAUGAUGAUGACAGUCUGCACCGGCGUCGUCUUCUUCUUCGUCACUCUCCUCCAAUGUCAACCGAUAUCCUACUUUUGGAACAACACGACACAAAGUGGCCGCUGCAUCCCCGUGGAUGUCAUCAUCGCUCUUACCUACCUCUACAGCGCCUUCAGCGUCAUCUGCGACUUUACGUUUGCUAUUUUGCCCAUGGUUCUCAUCUGGAAACUGAAAAUGGACCACAAGACCAAGCUAGCUCUUGUUCCAAUCAUGGCCAUGGCCUGCAUUGCCAGCGCUGCCGUCGUUGUGCGUAUGCCUUUUGUCAAGGACUUCAAGAAUCCUGACUUCCUUUAUGCAACCGUCGAUAUUGCAAUCUGGUCCACCACUGAACAGGGUCUGGCGAUCACCGCAGGUAGCCUUGCAACGCUCCGCCCACUCUUCAGACUCGUAGGAUACCGACUCGGCUUUACAUCCAUGGGACCCUCGCAACUCCACGAUUCCGAACGCGGCGCCCCAUCUGCUAUGGGUGGCAACAUCAAGAACGUCAGCAACAGUAGCUCAAGCCGGGGCCAACGACGCGGCCCUUUCAGUCUUACCACCUUCAUGUCCAAGGAUGAAAGCGAGAGUCAUGAGAUGGGCAGCGGCAGCGAACAAGAACGAAACCAGCAGCAGAAGAUGUCUUCAAGUAAGCGCGCUCGCGGCUGGGAGUCGACAGGGAGGCGGGAUAAUGAGAGCGAGACUGAACUAACUUUCGAAGCCUCAAAAGAGUCGGUGGGGAGUGACCGCGACAACAUAGUCGUUGUUCAAACCUUCUCUUUGCGGGAAGAUCGAUUGUAA